GUUUCAGCUUCACUCCCAAAUCAAGAUCCGUCCACGAGAGAGAUAACUCUCUCUCUCUCUCUCUCUCAUUGUUUUGGGCCUUUUGGCCAUUUCGGUUUUCCCAAUUCUUUGAUGUUCUCAAUUUCCUUUGUUGCUACAAAUUCCUCGAAAGCCCCUAGUAAUUAAUUUAGGGCACAGUCCGUCCUUGAGUCCUGGACUGUGAUUAUUCCUCCUUUUUUCCUCCCAACUUUUAAUCACUCCCUCUUCCUUUUCCCAUUUUUUCUAAUCUGGGUUAGAAUCAUUUCACUCCUUUUCAGCUUCAAGAGGAAGUGAGCUUCGGUAUUCGAGCACAAGAUUACCCCUUCAUGAUGUGCUAGAUCGUGAUGAUGAUGAAAACGUACACCACCAGUCUUUUGACCAGAAAAAGAGACCAGAUAAAAGCAAAAAAGCAGUCCGCGAAGAAAAAUUGCCCCCUUUGGUUGAUUUCCAUUGUCAAUGAGGUCAAGAUACUGAUAGAGAUAGAAAGACUGUAAGCCUAUUUCCUUCCUUUUCCACCCCUCUUUAUUCCUCCACACGCUUCAUUUCCUGCGGAGUAGUUGGUUGUUCGUAGUGGUUUGAAAAGGGUUCCUUAGUGCUUGAUUUCAAAAGGGUUCCUUAGUUGAUUUCUGGAGAUUCCUCAGUUCUUGAUUUCAAAAGGGUUGUUCAGUUUUGGGGUUUUGAUAACCUUUUUCAAUUUAAAAAUGCCGAUGUAUCAACCAUCUAGUCGUAGGAGGGAUGGGGAUUGGAAGAAAGAAGUGGGUGGUGGUGGCCAGGUUUUAGAUCUGGAAACCGCCGUGAAAGAUGGGAUUUUGGGCGGCGGAGGCGGCGCUAUCUCCACCGGAGAGAAGUUGGAUCUGAAAACGAUGAUCGAACGGCUCGAUUCGAUAGAAGUCCCGUCGGUGUUCAUUUGCCCUAUUUCUUUGGAACCAAUGCAAGAUCCGGUGACCCUUUGUACUGGUCAGACCUAUGAGAGGUCUAACAUUCUCAAAUGGUUCAGUUUGGGGCAUUUGACUUGCCCCACUACAAUGCAAGAGCUUUGGGACGAUUCGGUUACGCCGAAUAGUACACUUAGCCAUUUGAUUUAUAGUUGGUUUUCGCAGAAGUAUACGGCGAUGAAGAAGAAGUCAGAGGAUGUGCAGGGGAGAGCUUUGGAGCUUAUUGAGAUGUUGAAGAAAAAAGUGAAGGGUCAAGCUAGGGUUCAAUCACUCAUUGAGCUUAGAAAGAUAGUCAAUGCCCACGAUUCGGUUAAGAAAACUGUGGCAGAGAGUGGUGGGAUUGGGGUGAUUUGUUCUUUGUUGGGUCCUUUUACUUCACAUGCUGUUGGGUCCGAGGCAAUUGGGAUUCUUGUGAAGUUGGAGUUGGGUUCCGAAUGGAAGAAGAAUUUGGUGGAACCCGCGAAGGUUUCGCUGAUGGUGGACAUGUUGAACGAGGGAUCGGUUGAGACGAAGAUCAAUUGCACGAAUAUGAUAGAGAUGUUGAUGGAGGGGAAGGAAUUCGAGUCUGAAGUUGUGUCAAGUUUAAGCCUUUUGGUUGGGUUAUUGAGAUUAGUCAAGGAUAAGAGGUACCCAAACGGGGUAUUAUCUGGAUUCAGAUUGCUCAAGAUGAUUUGUUCAUACGAAGGAGUGAGGAGUUCGGUUGUGAGCAUUGGGGGAAUCCCUCAAAUAGUCGAGCUUCUGCCCAAUUUGAAUUCUGAAUGUUUGGAAUUAGCUCUUUAUGUACUUGAAGCCUUAUCAAGCCUUCCAGAAGGCAAAAUGGCAUUGAAAGAUUGUUCACAUACAAUUCCCAAUGUGGUUAAGUUGUUGAUGAGAGUUUCGGAGAAUUGCACUGAAUUGGCGCUUUCGAUCUUGUGGGGGGUUUGUGAAAUUUCCCCAGAAGAGUGUGCACCCAUUGCCGUUGAUGCAGGGCUAGCAGCUAAGCUCCUUUUGGUUAUUCAGAGCGGUUGCAAUCCGGUGUUGAAGCAGCGGUCAGCUGAGCUAUUGAAGUUGUGCAGUUUGAAUUACACAGCUACCAUUUUCAUUUCCAAGUGUAAACUCACAAGAACAAUACAAUGAAGCUAAGUUUUGGCAUACUUGUUCACAUGAAGAGCUUGUGGGAUCCGGGACACCUGCGAGACGGUUGUUUAGCCCGUGGAAACAUCGGCAGUAUGAGACCGGUUAUCACCGACUCGUGAACUUAGGUGUUCCCAUGCAAAGUCAAAUGGGUUCCUGAGGUACCCUUCAUUUUUCCCUCCUGUGUAUAUUCAAGAAUGCCAAUUGUUAAUCAUUGGCUUCACAUAAUGCAAGUUUAUGGGCUAAUUGUUAUUUCCAGUUGAUUCAAUAAGCCUAUGUUAGUUUUGAGUCUGGAUGAAUCCACAUUUUCCCCGACAAAGAUACUGAUUCGCUACAUGUAACUGUGUUGGUUGAAUCUGUAAAUGAAAUAUGAUCAUUUUUGUGCAA